UUCCUAGAAAAAUAUCCUGACAAAAUAAAAGGUAAACAUCGUAUAUGCGUGUCAAAAAUGAAAAGGAUUAAACCACCUGGACAAUAUUUUGUCUGUAUUUCAUGGCACGGUCCAAGUAACCUGAACAACAAAAAAGAAAAACUAAAAGAAAAACUAUUGGAAGACUUACUUCAAUAUGUGGACUUGUUGUCUAAAGAUCUCGAAAUUUCAGUAGUUAUGGGCGGUGACUUUAAUAUCAGCACUGAGGAAGCCUUGGGAGUGAUAAAAAACAGGAUAUUCAGUCUAGAAAUCUUUAAAUCCGCGGAUGAGCCUAUCAUAUACUAUGUUGUAAGCAAAGGAAAUAUUUUCAAGCCAGAAAAUGUGGAAAAAAUAAAAAAAAACUUCUAUAUUGAUGACAUCUUCAUUCAUUGUCCAGUAAGGCUUAAGAUCAAAAUGGCUGUCGACACCCUCCCCUUCAAGAUUUUAACGAUGAAUGCCAAUGGAAUACCUCGGUAUACAAAGGAAAGAGAAACAGCCAUACAAAACCUUGUCAGAAAAGAAAAGUCACAUGUUAUUCUCUUCCAGGAAUGCAUAGUUGGCAUGAAUUUUUGGGAAAAUGAUGAAUUUCGAGACUAUGAAUAUAUUGGAUCUUGCAAAAACCAUGCAAGCAUACUGUACAACAAGCAGGAAUUAUCUUGCGAGAUAAGUUUUCAUACUGAUACAGAUUGUCAAGGAAUAAUAAAAUAUAGACUUGAUAUCAAUGCAGAUAAACCUCUGAUUGAUUUUAUUAACAGGAUCCUCACAAAACAUUCUGACAUACAAAAACAUUGUCUUUGCAUGUCAAAAAUGAGGAGAAAGAAAGUUCCCUCUCAACAAGAAUUUGUCUGUAUAUCAUGGCAUAGUCAAGACAAUCAUGAUGUAGACAAACAAAAAUUGUUGGAAGACUUACUUCAAACCGUGGACAAGUGGUCUAAAGAAUACAAAAUUCCAGUGGUUAUGGGCGGUGAUUUCAAUAUCAGUUAUACAGAAGCAGAGAAAGUAAUAAAAGAAAAAAAAUUAAGUCUAACAAUAUUGAAAUCCGAAAAUGAGGUUAUGAUAUACUUUGUUGUGACAAAAGACUCUAUUUUUGAUACUCUUUCUGAUUUUGAGAAAACAAUUAAAAAAGAAAAAGAAUUGCUUAAUGAUAAUGUUGACAUUUUUGACCAUAAUCUAGUCAAGUUUGAGUUAAAUGACAAUGCAAACACAGACAGUUCAAAUGUAGACUCAUCAGAAAUUAAAGAUGACAACUCAUCAAAAAGUAAAGAUGAAGAAUGAAAAGAUGAAGAUUCAUAAGAAAGUUAAGAUGAAGAAAGUAAAGAUGAAGACACAUCAGAAAGUAAAGAUGAAGAAAGUAAAGAUGAAGACUCUUCAGAAAGUAAAGAUGAAGACUCAUCAGAAAGUAAAGAUGAAGAAAGUAAAG